AGUGUGCGGGUGGUGGAUGCGUGCGGUGGUGUCGUCCCGGGCUCCCUCACAUGUGCUCUACCUCGCUCUAACAAUGAUAACCAUAGUUGACUUGAUAGAUACAGGGUGACGUAACUCUUAGAAACAUAAGGAGCAAAAUCAUGGCGAAUAUAAAGGUGGCCGUGCGUGUGCGACCUAUGAGUCAAAAGGAGGCGUCGAGAGGUGGGCGCCAUGUCGUCCAUGUUCAGGACAAUGCCGUCACCAUCACUGACAUGAAGGUCCCCGUCACCGCCGAAGGCAAUGCCGACCACAGGGAGAGGGUGCGGCACUUCGCCUUCGACUACACCUACGGCCCCGAUCUCGUCAACGGCGAGGGCGAAGGGCAGGGACGCGUCGCCAGCAAGCCCAGGGGACACGCCAAGACCGAGGGCAGGAGGGACACUCAGAAGAGACCCAACAGGAAGGACAGCAGGAGGAGGGGCGCCGUCGUCAGGAAGGUCUCCACAGGCGACGGCGCCCCUACCAACAUCGUCGAGGCUAAGAGUGAAGACCAGAGGGAAUCCAAGAGGAGAAAUGAGAGUGAAAGCCUGGGAAAGGGUUGGGGUGAAGACCUGAGGGGAGGAGAGAGCGGGAAGCCAAGCAAAGACCAGUGUGAAAUAAAGAGUGAAAACCAACACAGAUGUGAUAGUGAGCGUGUAGUGAAGAACGGGAUGAAGAGUGAGCCCGAGACAGAGUACAAGAGUGACGGAACGGAAGACGGCGGAAGAGAUGCCAACUGGGACCAGGAGAGAGUGUACCGAGAGCUGGGGCGGGAGGUGGAGGUGGCUACACUGUACGGCUACAAUGCCUGCGUCCUGGCGUACGGACAGUCCGGCUCUGGCAAGACCUAUACCAUCCUCGGCCACAAGGAUGCCCCGGGGUUGGCGCCCCGGAUGUGUGAGGGGCUGCUGACUAGGCUGCAGGAGAGAUACGCCCCGGAUGAUCUCUGUGCGCAGGACUUCUCUCUCUCCCUCAGCCUUGUUGAGAUCUACAAUGAGCGCGUGAGAGACCUGCUGACGGAGGAGUCUGAGGCAGGUAGAUGUCUCCGUGUGAGAGAACACCCUCACACCGGCCCCUACGUUGAUGGUGUGACGCGCCACCCGGUAACAGAUGCGGGUGUUGCGUGGUCACUACUAGAGCGAGGGCGGGCAAGUCGCAGUGUAGCUUCCACGGCCUCUCAUGCCCAAUCGUCUAGGUCACACGCCCUCUUGAUCCUGGAUGUGACCCAGCCCGCGGCGCACACGCGUUCCACUCUCACCUUAGUUGAUCUAGCUGGCAGUGAACGUGCAAGUGCUGAUGUGGACAAGACACGCUUGACAGAGGGUGCUAGCAUCAACCGUUCCCUUGUUACACUUGGCAAUGUCAUAUCUGCAUUAGCUGAACGUGGAAUGGCAUUAGGCUCGACCAUAGCUGGUUCUCUGCUUGGGUCUAACCUGUCCUUGAACAGUACAACUUCCCGGCCCACCUAUGCCCAGUCCCACUCUACUAUAACAGGGACAGAAGGGAUGCCUCCACUCUGUCAGACAAGGAAUCCAAGGCUGCCAUUUAUACCCUAUAGAGAUUCGGUGCUCACAUGGUUACUUAAGGACACAUUAGGAGGCAAUGCAAAAACACUUAUGAUUGCAACUGUCUCCCCAUCUAGCACCAGCUUUGCUGAGAGUGUCUCUACGUUGCGAUAUGCCACACGUGCACGUUGCAUUGUCAACACACCUGUUGUGAAUCUUGAUACAGGAACAGCUACCAUUAGUAGCCUGAGAAGAGAAGUUGCUGCUCUCAGAAGAUUAUUAUAUGAUGCCAAACCGUCAUUUAUGAAGCCACUUGGAACAAGCAAAACUACUUUUUUGGACGCCAUUUCUCAUUCAUCUGCCUCGGACCUUACUCGAGAAUGGAUAGAGCACUUACACAGAGAACAAUCAAAAGACCACAAGAGAGUUAGGAGAAAAAGUGCUCCAGUUGGCCACAACUUGAGCACUGCAACUGGGUUAAAUCGUUCAACUUCUUCACUUAGUAGUACUGAAGCUGUUCAAAGUUCAUGUGGACCACGUGAUAUUAUUGUUGAAACAGAGUUACCUUAUUUGCUCAACACCCUUGAUGAUGCUCAUUCUUCCAGCAUCAUCAUAUAUCAUAUUCAGAAUGGUGCCUCUGUUGUGGGCUGUGGAGACGAUGUGGAUGUUCAUGUUGCUGGCUCUGGUGUGGCUCCAUCGCACUGUAGUCUGACUCAUGCUCAUGGUGCUGUCACUCUCAGAUGCCUCACAGGCUGUGAGGUUGAGGUGAGCAGUGUGUGUGUUCCAGAGGGUGGAGCCAGACGUCUUCAAGAUGGAGAUACUAUUACCAUCGGUUCCCGCUCUUUUACUUUUCACACUCCAACGAGAAUACGGCCACGUUCAAAUUCUUGCCCUCGUCAUAAGGUUGGAGCGAGGAGUCCCUGCUUCCAUGGAGAAUGUGUGUUCCCGCGCCUGCAUCACCCUACCUGCACCUCUAGGAAGCAAAGCUCUACAAGUGAAGCAGGUGUACAAGUGGGAGAUGUUGACAGAAUUAUGGGCCAAGGCCAAACACAUUUGAAAGAAACAGACUUGAAAGGCCUGGAUGUAAACGACUCGUUAUACAGCAGCUGUCGAUCAGAGAGCGAGUGUGAAGAGGUGGAAGAUAAAGAUACAUUUAUGAAUAAAAGAGUUAGUAGAAGGGAUAACUUGCAUCUACUGAUACAUUCACAGUCUGUCGAGGAUAGUGUUAAAAUGACGCCAAAAGGCUCCCAUUUUGGAGAAGUACAAGAUACACAGCACAGAUUGCCUUCUCCAGCAGAACACUCCAUCCCUCUAGGCAUAACCUCAAAUGAGAAUAGUGUCUAUGUGCCGGAUACUGACCUUACUGAUAAAGAUGAUCAGGAAAGUACAAACCACUGCUUGUUUCAUGAUGCUUACAUUUUUGGUUCUAAUACUUCUCUUGAUUCUAGUAUUAGUCAGCCAUCUUGUGCUAGUCUUGAUUCGCGCUUAGCGCACGUUUCUGGUAAUAGUAAUACAUACCACAGCAAAGUUUUACCACACACUUUCUUUUUGAAUCUGGAUAAAGAUAGGCAUGAUGUCAACUCUACAAGAAGCACACCACUGAUGUCACCACAAUCUCCUUCUGAAACUCGCCGACGAUGGGAUAAAAGUGUGUGGCCAGAAGUAGAGCAAGGCUUACGCAGGAAUCAGAGUGUUCCAGAUAUUGAUCGUCUGCAACGUGGAGAUCACUGCCAGCAAACGAAAUGGAAUUUUCCCACGUCUCAGCAGCAGCACACUUUCGGCGAUCGAGAGACACGACAGAAGAUUAUUGAUGCCGUCACUCGCCGCUUGUAUCCGGGUAGUGGUCCAGGAUUUCGUCGACGCUCCAGGAAGGUAGGUGUUAAGCGUCAUUCAGCAGGAGAACGUGAAUGUCAGUGUCGCAAGAAAGCCAUAUGUGAUACAGAAACUAAGUAUAUUAAGAAUACUGGAAAAAGCACGGUAUCUGCUCCAGCAACUCCCAGACACCCUAGUAAAAUACAAGCAUCUAUAGGUGGGAUAACAUCAUUACCUCAGCGUUCUCCUGACAGCACUGUCAUAUGGCGUCGUUCUUCAUUAGGGACUUUCCCAGGAAGCCUUUUACCUCUUCCUGUGCGUGUAGACCAGUUGCAUACUGACAGGUCUGUGCCCAGUUCCAAAAAAGAAAGUGCAACAUCUGUUCUCACUCGGACUGCUAAGCAUACCACCAGGCGUGAGGUAAAAACUACCACAACUACUUUGACUAAAACUUUAAGUAAAACUGAAACAAAAAUUAUAAAUGUUGUGCCUCAAACUGAUAAGACAGAAAUGUGUAAUCAGGAAGUUGGUUGUGAUACAAGUGAUCUUAAAGGUUGGGUUACAAGUGCUACUGGUGAAAAUGUGGGUGUACAAGUAGGUAAGUCUUUGUUAUCAAAUGAUAUUGUUAGUCAAAAUGUAAUUUCUAUGGAUCCUGGAUUUCGUGAACAGUCUGUAGAUUCAGAAGUCAAGGAAUCGAGUGAUGCGAAGGAUACUGCCAGUGGUGAGCAGGAGAAAGAGAGGCGGCGGAUUCCUCUUACUCCUUCUUUACUCCAACUCAGACGUGCCUUAGCAUCACUCAAUGACUCUGAAAUAUUUUCAGAUGAUAGCUUAGAACAUUCCAAUUUGGAAGCAGAUGCUCAGUCACCAUUAAUGUCAAGAGAGAGUCCUAUGCUUCCUGAUGAUGAUGAUGAAAUUUCUUUAGGAGAUAUUAGCAAAGAUUCAUUAGAAGACAGCCUGAACAAUUUUGAUUCACAAAAUGUAAUAAUUCCUUCAGAACCUGAAAUUUUGCCAUCAUCAUCUAAAGUACAUGAUUGCAAAAUUGCUAGUGAUUUUACGAGUUUGACUAAAGAGUACAGAACUCGAGCUCCCUUAGGUCACCAUGAUACUUUUAUUAAUUCUUUCUUUAAAUCGAUUAGUGACUCCAGUGAAAAUCGUGCUAUUGAGAUUGAGGAAUCUCGAUUAUUAACUGAUGAAAACAGCAAUGUGGCAAGCUCUGUGAAUGUUGCAUCGUUACAUCAAAGUUUUCAAACCACAUCUUGUGUGUCUAAUGGUAAACAUAAGGUGGAUGUGCCAGAUGCUACUAUUACAUCUUUGUUUGAUUCUGCCUCACCAAAAACAAUGCGAAGAUGGGCUCGUGAGAGGGCAGAAAAGCGUUUAAUAGAUUAUACUAGCUCAGAGGACAGCGACAUCGACUCGCAAAGACGACCAAGGUUCAGAAAACGGCGUCCUAGAAGAUCAUCCCUUCCUCUUGCCUCUUCACUAAACCAAGCUGUGUUUGAGCAUACAGGAAACUCUGACUCUACUGUUUAUAUGUCGGUCCAACCCUUAAUUCCAGAGAAAAUCGAUGAUGAAUUAAUUGUAAAAAAACGCAUGAAUGAUGAGACAGCAACAAAGGUGUAUGCAAUACAUAAUACAGAUGUGCAUAGUAUGAGAACAAGGCAUUAUGAAGACUCGUUAAAGUCUCAGAGCAGUGAUGAUAUAAAUAUUAAAGUGGUUUCAGGUAACAAAAUACUUGAAUCACAAAUCAGGAAUGUGUGUGAUACUACUACUACUACUACUACAGAAUACUUUAAAAUUCAUGACAAAAUACAAAAUACAAAAUUGGAACUACAGAAAGAAACUGCAGCUAGUCUUUAUUCACAAGAACUUCUUAAAGAAUCUGCCAGGAGGUUGUUGCAGACAGUGAGCAAAGAUGGCCCACUUUCAGAAGCUUCACAAGAUGCUGUUGUAAGUUUACUAAAAGCAUCGUCUCACAGACUUGCAAGUUAUGCUUUAGGCAUAUCCGAUGAUGUCAUAGACACGGUAGAAGCUCCCUGUCCCCAGACUAAGAGUGCAGCUAUUCAAGAAGGAUAUGGCACUGCUCAAGGAAAAGAACAUUGCAAUGAGUCUUUUAUGUCUCUCACGAAGGAAGAGUUUAAAGGAUCAUGUGCUGAUUCCGACGCUGAAAUAACAUCGAAACAUACCUUGCUUAAACAAAUUCAGGUGCAUCAGAUUCCAUUAAAAAAUAGAUUAUCUUUUGAAGAACACACAGGUGUAAUGGAAUUAGUUAUCAGUGGGGGUGAAAUGUCUCCCAGUGAAUUACCUGCAGAAAUGGUGGAUGAUAGCACUUCGGCCAUAACUCCCAUAGUGUCCUCAGUCAGUGAGGCUGGUUCCAUUGAAAGUUCCUUGGAGGAUUUUGAAGCUGAGGAUCAUGAUGAAAAAGGAGAAUUAAAUGUAUCUAAGGAACACUUACAAGUAAUAGCAGCCGAAUUUACGCCAAGGACUGCUCGGCGGUUGUUGUACACUAUUAUGGAAUGCAGUGAAAGUAGCCGUUCUGAGGGCGUACCAUCUGAACCGGAUAUUAUUCCUUCAGAUUGGCAAGACACGUACAGUGAUACAAACCAAGAACUUGACUCGAGGAGUAUCAGCUGCGAAGUUAGUGAAGAUGCAUCAAGUUCGUCAGACGAUAGUAUGCUAGAUACUGUUCGACCUAGUCAAGAUGAUCUUCAGGAUUACCUUUCAUGCGUUUCUGAUGAUAUCUCGGGUGAUAUUAAGCCCAACUUGGCGGAAGAUUCUGCAGUUGAUGUUCAGCUGCUGGCACAGGACUUGACUGGUUCAUUUGAAUUUAUAAGCAGUUUACCAUUGUCUCCAGAAGGUCUAAAUAAAGAGGAAGAUGAAUGGGAUAUGGCUACUGAGGUGAUAUCUCCAGGUAAUGUAAGCCCACAGCCGGUAAAUACUAUAAGCCGUAGCGAUGCUAUAAACACUGGUGCCGUAAUGGAUAGCCAAGUUUUAAAAAGUAAGCAUCCAUGCUAUUUACUUAAACGAGAUAGCCUUCCUGAAUGUGUACCAUCUUUGGAUCUGUCCCACCUUGAAAAUUCCCCGACUUCAAGUAAUGAGUCUAGAACAGCACGUUUAUUAAAAGGGACACCAUCACUUUCACCACAAAACUCCAGUGUGGUAGAAGACAUUACACACUUCUGUACUAGUCAGUUUUACCAAGUGUUAAAUGAGGACUUGUUUGAUCAUGAAGAGCCACAAAUGGUAGAGGAAGAUGCUAGUAAAUUACUUCUAGCACUAGCAACCAAUGAAAUUGAGAUGGAAUUGGAUUUACAACAGACAUCUGUGGUGGAUGAGGGUGAAAUCAGAAAAGUGACAAUUGGUCAUAUUAUAGAACCAAAUAAAGAUAAUUUUCCCAAUUCAGUAAAGGAAAAUGAUGCAAACAAAGAGUUAGUUAUCCUGCCAUCAGAAAUUACAAUAUCUACAAGUUCUUUUGUAGAUAGCUCAGUGGCAGGACUGACGUCUGAUAUUUCAAAUGAAGCAGAUAUGACAAUGCAAACACUCCAGAAUUACAUGACAAAAUCUAAAUCUACUGAAAGAGAAUAUCUACAAGUUGAAAGCUUAAUGGAGGGAAGUAAAAAUAAUUCCCACUUUGUGCUUUGCAAACCAACGCAAGAAUCUACAACACAAGCCAGUAGUGCACAAGCUUCUCACACACCUCUAGUGGAAUCUAUAGCAUUGACAACUAUGUUACAAGAUGAUACGGAAAAAUUCAAUUCACGUUCAACUGCUUCUCAUUUAACAUUAACAAAUGUCAUUACUGAAGCUAAUGCAAGUCCAGCAAGAAUGACUUCUUCAAAGCCAAUGUAUUCAACAGAAGAAAUCAAUGUUAGGCAGAGAGAGAUUCCUUCAGCAUCACAACACUUGGUAGAUGAAAUAAACGUUUGUCAUUCACUCGGUCCUUUUUCACUGGAGGCAUCUGUGACAGAAGAUAAUAGUAAUCAUGCAGACAUGUUUUUAAUACAAGAGAAACUCAAUGAGAAAGCAAACUCUUUACAAACUGUGACUUCUCUUACACCUCAAAAUUUAAUAAAAGUCAAUGUCACUCAAGAAUGUUCUCUACAAACACACACAAGUAUGGAAGAACUCAACAGGGCUCAAGAAAUAGCUCCUUUAACAACACAGAAUGAUACGGUAAAUGUCAACAGUUCAAGAACAAUGACUCCUCUAUGGGCACAGACCUCUGGGCAGGAAAUUGGUAAUGGUCAAACAAUGCCUAAUGAAACACAGCACAACUCGCUGAUCAAUGUUAUUACUUCUCCGUCAAUAAUUUCUGUAGAACCACAAGAAUCUGUAGUACAGUUUAGUAAUUACAAUUCUUUAAUGUCUUCAUUAUUACAAGAUUCUGCUGUGAGUGUCAAAAUGGACACAAUUUUUCCUCAGGCAGAGGCUUAUUCCAUGUCAGAGAGCACCACACAAUUCACCAAACUGAUUCCUGUUGAACAACAAACUAACAAGAUGGGAAUCAGCAGCAAUAAAGUAGUAAUUUCUCAAUCAUUGCAGCAGUCUGCAACUGAAAACAUUACAUUUGAAGAAACCCCUGAAAUUCCAACUGUUGAAGGGAUCCAACCAUCAUCUCGACUGCAAACCCAAAUUACAAAGGAGGAAGUUACCAGCACUCAAAUAGUGACUCCUCUCUUAUCUCAGAACUUAAAGAAAGAAGCAGUAAGUAUGUAUUCAUUGACUUCAACACAACAGACAGAACAAUUGGACGCUAAUACUCUCCAGACACAAAUUUGUGUCACACCAGAAAACAUUGUGGCUGGAGCCAGUACUGUCCAACCAGAAAGUUUGAUAAUACCGCACAACAAUGAGGAAAAAUUAAAUAUUGCCGAGUCGGUGGGUGGUGUGACACCAUUGAAUAUAACAAGGAAAGACGAUAUACCUUUAGCAGUGACUCCACUUCCACUGCAUAAUGUUAUGAAAAUCUCAUCUUCUCAUGCAGACUCCCCACGCGCACCACAAAACACUAUUCUGGAAGCCAACACUCAAUCACUGUUUCCUCAAACUCAAAGACAUCAUCAGGAACUCGGCUUAGUUCAGAAAGUGUCUGAUAUUACUCCUAAGUGCUUCAUGGAGGGAGUUAGUGAUGAAAUUUCAACUCAGUGGAAUUUGAAGGAAGGUGGCAGAAUGGUAAAAGUUGGUAAAACUGAGUCAUUGGCUCCUGCAACACAACAGAGCUCCAACCCUAUAGUUGAUAAAAAUUUAGCAGUAACAGCUCCGACAACCACAAACUCCUUGGUAGACAAUAACCUUUCUCAAGAAGUGAAUCUUCUAUCUACAACAAACACUAUGGUAGAAGGAAAAGCUUAUCAAACAGUGGCCCCUCAAAAACAACAGAACUCCCUAGCAGAAGCCAAAAGUUUUCAAGUGGCAAUUCUAACACCACAGAAUAGCUUGGCAGAAGGCAAUUUGUCUCUAGCAACAAAUUUAAUAGAGGUCAGUGCCUCUGAAGCAGUUCCAGCAGUAGCACCACAAAACUUAACUGUAGAAUCUAACAUUCCUCAAUCUGUGACACCAAUUCCAUCACAAGUUACCCAAGUGGAACUUGAAACAUGUCAAGUAAUGGCACCUCUGAUACCAAGGAGUUCUAUUGUGGAAAUGGAUGAACUUGUGUUUGACAGAGUGACUUCACUAAUGCCACAAGAUGCCAAGAUGGAAGUUAACAUUUGCAAAGUAGUGGCUCCUUUAAUCCCAGUGGACACCAUAACGGAAGAUGAUAAUUCUCAAGCAAUAACUCCAUUAACCAUGACUGCAUUAAAAACACAGAUUACAAUGAUGGAAGACUGCAAAUCACAGGUAGUAACUCCUCUACCACAAUGCACAAUGGGGGAAGUCAGCACUAGUAAAGCAGACUCCCCUCUAACACCACAGAUUACUAUGAUGGAAGACCACACUUCACAAGAAGUGGCUUCUGUAACACCACAGGCUACCAUGAUUAAAUUUGGCAAAUUCCAAGCAAUAACUCCAUUAAUACCACAAAUUACUGUAAUAGAAGACUACAAUUCAAAAGUAGUAACUCCUGAACCAUCACAGGUUACCGUGCUUAAAGAUGGGACACCCCAAGCAGCUAUUCCAUUAGCGCCACGUAUUACUAUGAUGGAAGAUAAUUCUACACAAGAAGCGUCUGCUCUACUGCCACAGUUCACCUUGGUGGAAGAUGGCACUAAUCAAGCGGUGACUCCAUUAACACCCCAGAUGCCUAUGACGGAAGACCACACUUCUAGUGAAGUGACUUCUCAAACAUCACAGGCUACUGAGCUUAAAGUUGGCAUAUCCCAGUCAGUGACUCCACUAGCACCACAGAUUACUAUGAUGGAAGACCACGAUUCACAAGAAGUGCCUUCUCAACCACCACACUACACCACGGUGGAAGUCAGCACUUCCCUAACAGGGACUCCAACACAGAUUACUGUUAUGGAAGAAAACUCUUUACAAGACAUGACUCGUACAUCAGAACAGUAUACCAUGAAGGAAGAUAACUGCUCCCAAGUAAUAAUUCCUGUAACACCACAAAUUACUAAGAUGGAAAACAAAAAAUUAAGAGAGUUGGCUCCAUCAACACCACAUUACUCCACGGAGGAAGCCAACACCUCUGGGGCAGUGACACCUCUAACACAGAUAACUAAGAUUGAAAGUCUCUCACCUGUGGCAGUAACUCCUACCACACUACAGAACACCAUAGUGGAAAUCUGUACAUCAAAAGCAAUGACUUCAUUAACACCACAUAAUGCUAUGGUGGAAGACUGCACUACACAAGAAGUGACGCCAUUAACACCACACAUUGCUUUCAUGGAAGACCACACUACACAACAAGUAACUCCAUUAACAUCACAUAUUGCUAUCAUGGAAGACUGCACUACACAAGUGCAGUCUUCCAGAGAAGUAACUCCAUUAACACCACAUAUUGCUAUGGUGGAAGACUGCACUACACAAGAAGUUACUCCAUUAACACCACAGAUUACUCUGAUGGAAGACCACACUACACACACAGUGUCUUCUCUACUGCCGCAGUACAGCAAGGUGGAAGUUAGCACUACUCAAGCAGAGACUCCUCUUACCCCACAGAUUACUGUGAUGGAAGAGUAUAAUUCACAAGUAGUAACUCUUCAACCACCACAAUGCACAAUGGUUGAAGUCAGCUCUACUCAAGAAGUGACUCAAUUAACACCACAGAUCACUACUAUAGAAGUCCCUACUUUAGAAGAAGUGACCCCUCUUAUAUCACAGGAUACUAUGCAUAAAGUUGGCACAUUCCAAGCUGAGACUCCAAUAACACCACAGAUUAUUCUAUUGGAAGAACAUUCUUUACAAGAAGAAAGUAUUCAACCACCUCAGUACACCUCGGACAAAGUCAGCACUAGCCAAGCAGUCACUUUAUUAACGCCACAGAUUACUCUGAUGGAAGACCACACUUCACAAGAAGAAACUCCUUUAACAUCAGAAGAUACCAUAGAUAAAGAUAGCACAUCCCAAGCAGUGACUCCAUUAAUACCACAGAUUAUUCUGAUGGAUGACCACUCUUUACAAGAAGUGUCUCCUCUUCUGCCACAGUACAAGAUGAAUGUCGGCACUACUCAAGCAGAGAUGGCGAUGAUGGAAGAAGACAAUAUACAAGUAGUGACUCCUCUACCACCACAGUAUUCAGUGGUUCAAGUCAAAAGUACUCGAGCAGUGACUCCAUUAACACCGCAGACUGCUGUAUUGGAAGACCACACUUCUCUAGAAGAAACUUGUCUAACACCACAGGAUACCAUGGUUAAAGAUAGCACAGCCCAAGUAGUCACUCCAUUAACACCACAGAUUGCUAUGAUGGAAGAUAACUCAUUACAAGAAGUGUCUCCUUUAUUGCCACAGUACACGAAGGUGGAAAUCAGUACUAUUCAGGCAGAGACUACUCUUAAACCACAGAUUACUAUGAUAAAAGAAUACAAUUCACAAGUAGUAACUCAUCUACCACCACAAUGCACAAUGGAUGUAGUCAGCACUACUACUACACAAGCAGAGUCGGCACUACACAAGCAACUUUUAACACCACAGGUUACUAUUACAGAAGACCGUAUUUCGCAAAAAGUGACUCCUCUACUGCCACAGAUUAUAGAAGUCUCCACUUCACAAGAAGUGACUCAUCUAACAGCACUGGAUACUACGCAUAAAAUUAGCACAUCCAAAGCAGCAACUCCUUUAACACAACAGAUUACUCGAAUGGAAGACCACACUUCACAAGAAGUAACUACUCUAACAUCACAGGAAAUCAUGGUUAAAGACAGCACAUCCCAAGCAGUCACUCCAUUAACAACUCAGAUUUCUCAAAUGGAAGACCUUUCUUUACAAGAAGCCACUCCAAUACUGAAACGGUACACAAAUAUGGAAGUCAGCACUACUCACACGGUGACACCAUUAACACUACAGAUUGCUAUGAUGGAAGACAAAUCAUUACAAGAAGUGUCCCCUCUACUGCACCAGUACACGGAGGUGGAUGUCAGCACUACUCGGGCAGAGGCUACUUUCUCCCCACAGAUUACUAUGAUGGAAGAUGACUCAUUACAAGAAGUGUCUCCUCUUCUGCAACAGUACACCAAAGUCAAAGUCAUUGCUACUCAGGCAGAGACUCCUCUUUCUCCACAGAUGAAAGAGUACAAUUCACAAAUAGUAACACACUUACCACCACAAUCCACAAUGGUUGAAGUUGGCACUACUCAAGCAGACACACUUCAAACACCACAGGUUACUAUUAUAGAAGACCAUACUUUGCAAGAAGUGGCUCCUCUAAUAUCACAGGAUAAUGUGCAUAAAGUUAGCACAUCAAAAGCAGCAACUCCAUUAACACAACAGACAUCUCGAAUGGAAGACCACAUUUUAAAAGAAGUAACGCCUCUACUAUCACAGGAUACCAUGGUUAAAGAUAGCACAUUCCAAUCAGUGACUUCAUUAACACCACAGAUUGCUGUGAUGGAAGACCACACUUCACAAGAAGCAACUCCUCUUACAUCACAGGAUAUCAUGGUUAAAGAUAGCACAUCCCAAGCAGUGACGCCAUUAACACCACAAAUUUCUAUGAUAGAAGGCCAUUCUUUACAAGAAGCAACUCCUCUACUGCAACAGUACACAAAGGUGGAGGUCAGCACUACUCAAGCAGUGACAUUAUUAGCACCACAUAUUACGAUGAUGGAAGACCUCUCUUUACAAGAAGUAUCUCCUCUAGCAUCGCAGGAGACCAUGGUUAAAGAUAGCACAUCCCAAGUAAUCACUCCAUUAAUACCACAAAUUGCUAUGAUGGAAGAACAUACUUCACAAGAAGUAACUCCUCUAACAUCACGGGUUGCUGUGCAUAAAGUUCUCGCAUCCAGAGCAGGGACUCCAUUAACACCUCGGAGUACUGAAAUGGAAGAGAGUUCUUUACGAAAAGUGUCUUCUCUACCCCCACAGUACCCCUUGGUGAAAAUGAACAAUACUCAAGAAGUCGCUCUAUUAAUACCACAGAUUGCUGUGUUGGAAGACCUUACCUCACAAGAAGUAACUCCUCUAGCAUCACAGGAGACCAUGGUUAAAGAUAGCACAUCCCAAGCAGUGACUCCAUUAACACCACAGAUUGUUAUGAUAGAAGGCCAUUCUUUACAAGAAGCAACUCCUCUACUGCAACAGUACAUGAAGGUGGAAGUCAGUACUACUCAAGCAGUGACAUCACCAUUGACACCACACAUUACUAUGAUGGACGACCUCUCUUUACAAGAAGUAACUCCUCUAGCAUCGCAGGAGACCAUGGUUAAAGAUAGCACAUCCAAAGCAGUGACUCAAUUAUCAUCACAGACUGCUGUAAUGGAAGACAACACUUCACUACAAGUGACUUCUCUAACCUCACAGAAUACCAUGAAUAAAGUUGGCACAUUUCAAGCAGCGACUUCAUUAACGCCACAGGUUACUAAGAUGGAAGACCAUUCUUUACAAGAAAUGCAUGCUCUACCGCCACAGUACACCUUGGAGGAAGUUCGAACUAUUCAAACUAAACCUUCUCUAACAACACAGGCUAAUGUGCUUAAUGGAACAUCCCAAGCAGUGUCUCCAUUAACACCACAGAUUGCUGUGAUGGAAGACCACACUUCACAAGAAGUAACUCAUCUUACGUCACAGGAUAUCAUGGUUAAAGAAAGCACACCCCAAGCAGUGUCUCCAUUAACACCACAGAUUGCUAUGAUGGAAAACUACUCUUUACAAGAAAUGUCUCCUCUACCGCAACAGUACACCAAGGUCGAAGUCAUUGCUACUCAAGCAGAGAUUCCUCUUGCUCCACAGAUGAAAGAGUACAAUUCACAAAUAGUAACAAUCUCACCACCACAAUCCACAAUGGUUGAAGUUGGCACUACUCAAGCAGACACACUUCAAACACCACAGGUUACUAUUAUAGAAGACCAUACUUUGCAAGAAGUGGCUCCUCUAAUAUCACAGGAUAAUGUGCAUAAAGUUAGCACAUCAAAAGCAGCAACUCCAUUAACACAACAGAUAUCCCGAAUGGAAGACCACAUUUUAAAAGAAGUAACACCUCUACUAUCACAGGAUAUCAUGGUUAAAGAUAGCACAUUCCAGUCAGUGACUUCAUUAACACCACAGAUUGCUAUGUUGGAAGACCACUCAUUACAAGAAGCAACUCCUCUAACACGACACGAUACUAUGGAUAAAGUUGGCACAUCGCAACCAAUGAUUUCAUUAACACCACAGAUUGCUGUGAUGGAAGACCACACUUCACAAGAAGUAACUCCUCUUGCAUCACAGGAUAUCAUGGUUAAAGAUAGCACAUCCCAAGCAGUGACUCCAUUAACACCACAGAUUGUUAUGAUAGAAGGCCAUUCUUUACAAGAAGGAACUCCUCUACUGCAACAGUACACGAAGGUGGAAGUCAGUACUACUCAAGCAGUGACUCAAUUAACACCACAAAUUGAUAUGAUGGAAGAACAUACUUCACAAGAAGUAACUCCUCUUACAUCACAGGAUUCCAUGGUUAAAGAUAGCACAUCCAAAGCAGUGACUCAAUUAUCAUCACAGACUGCUGUAAUGGAAGACAACACUUCACUACAAGUGACGUCUCUAACCUCACAGAAUACCAUGAAUGAAGUUGGCACAUCGCAAUCAGUGACACCAUUAACACCACAGAUUGCUGUGAUGGAAGACCACACUUCACAAGAAGUAAUUCCUCUAGCAUCACAGGAGACCAUGUUUAAAGAUAGCACAUCCCAAAUAAUCACCCCAUUAACACCACAAAUUGCUAUGAUGGAAGAACUCACUUCACAAGAAGUAACUCCUCUAACAUCACGGAUUGCUAUGCAUAAAGUUCCCACAUCCAAUGCAGGGACCCCACUAAUACCACAGAGUACUGUCAUGGAAGACUAUUCUUUACUAGAAGUGUCUCCUCUACUGCCACAGUACACCUUGGUGAAAGUCAACACGACUCAAAAAGUCGCUCCAUUAACACCACAGAUUGCUGUAGCGGAAGACUACACUUCACUAAAAGUGGCUUCCCUAACAUCACAGGAUACUAUGCAUAAAGUUGGUGCAUCCCAAGCAGUGACUCAAUUAACACCACAGGUUACUCAAGUGGAAGACCAUUCUUUACAAGAAGCAUCUCCUCUACUGCAACAGUACACAAUGGUGGAAGUCGCUACUACUCAAGCAGAAACUGUGACGGAAAAUGACCAUUUACAAGUAGAAAUUCCUCUACCUAUGCAGUGCACAAACGUUCAGGUCAAAACAACUCGAGCAGUGACUCCGUUAACAGCACAGGAUACCAUGGUUAAAGAUAGCACAUCCCAAGCAGUCACUCCAUUAACAACUCAGUUUUCUCAAAUGGAAGACCAUUCUUUACAAGAAGAAACUCCUCUACCACCACAGUACACCUCAGAAAAAGUCAGCACUAGCCAAGCAGUCACUUCAUUAACACCACAGAUUACUCUGAUGGAGGACCACUUUUUACAAGAAGUGUCUCCUCUACUGCAAAAGUACAUGAAGGUGGAAAUCAGUACUGCUCAGGCAGAGACACUUCUAACAAAACAGGCUACCAUUAUAGGAGACCAUACUUUGCAAGAAGUGACUCCUCUACAGCCACAAUACACUGAGAAGGAAGUGAGCACUACUCAAGCAGCGACUCCUCUACAGCCACAUAUUAUGGAAGUCCCUAGUUCACAAGAUGUGACUCGUCUAACAUCACAGGAUACUACGCAUAAAGUUAGCACAUCCCAAGCAGUGACUCCAUUAACAGCUCAGAUUACUCUCAUACAAGACCAUUCUUUACAAGUAGUGUCUCCUCUACUGCAACAGUACACAAAGAUAGAAGUCGGCACUACUUGUCCAGAAACGAUGAUGGAAGAUGAUAAUUUACGAGUAGUAAGUCCUCUACCACCAGUGUGUACAGUGGUUCAGAUCAAAACUACUCGUACAGACACUACAUUAACACCACAGACUGCUGUGAUGGAAGACCAUACUUCACUACAAAUGGCUUCCCUAACAUCGCAGGAUAUCAUGGUUAAAGAUAGCACAUCCCAAGCAGUCACUCCAUUAACAACUCAGAUUGCUCUCAUGCAAGACCAUUCUUUACAAGAAGCAAUUCCUUUACAGCAACAGUACACGAAAGUGGAUGUCAGCACUACUCAGGUAGAGACUACUCUUUCCCCACAGAUUACUAUAUUGGAAGACCUCUCUUUACAAGAAGUAACUCCUCUAACAUCGCAGGAGACCAUGGUUAAAGAUAGCACAUCCCGAGUAAUCACUCCAAUAACACCACAAAUUGCUAUGAUGGAAAACCACACUUCACAAGAAAUAACUACUUUAAUAUCACUGGAAACCAUGGUUAAAGAUAGCACAGCCCAAGCAGUCACUCCAUUAACAACUCAGAUUGCUCUCAUGCAAGACCAUUCUUUACAAGAAGCAUCUCCGCUGUUGCAACAGUACACGAAGUUGGAAGUUAGCACUACGCAAGCAGACUCUCCUCUUACACCGCAGAUUACUGUGAUGGAAGAGUACAAUUCACAAGUAGUAACUCUUCUACCACCACAAUGCACAAUGGUCGAAUUCAGUACCUCUGAAGCAGAGCCUCUUCUGACAUCACAGGUUACUAUUAUAGAAGUCCCUACUUCACAAGAAGUGACUCCUCUAUCACAGGUGCCUAUGCAUAAAGUUGCCACUUCCCAAGUAGGUACUCCAUCAACACCACAAGUUACUAAAAUGGAAGACCAAUCUUUACGGGAAAUGUCUGCUCUACUGCCACAGUACACCUUGGUGGAAGUUGGAACUAUUCAAACUAAGACUCCUCUAACAACACAGGCUACCGUGCAAAAGGUUGGAACAUCCCAAACUGUCUCUCCAGUAAUACCACAGAUUAUAAUGAUGGAAGACCAGACUACACAGGACAUUGCAUUAACACCACAGACUGGUGUGAUGGAAGACCACACUUCACAAGACAUAACUCCUCUAACACCACAGGAGACCAUGGUUAAAGAUACCACAUCCCCAGCAGUGACUGAAUUAACAAAGAUUACUUUGAUAGAUGACCUCUCAUUACAAGAAGUCUCUCCUCUUCAGCAACAGUACACGAAGAUGGAAGUUAGCACUACUCUAGCAGUAACUUCAUUAACACCACAGUUUGCAAUGUUGGAAGACGUGGCUAUGGAAUACGUAAAUAAAGAAGCCACUUCACAAGAAGUGGCUCCUCAUCAACCACAAUAUAACAAUAUGGAAGUCAGCACUGUUCAAACAAAGACUCCUCUGAUAACACAAAUUGCUAUGAUGGAUAACUACAAUUCACAAGUAGUAACUCCUCUACCACCACAAAUCAAAGAUGAAGUCAGUACUACUCGUGCAGUGACACAUAUAAUACCACAGAUUACUAUUAUGGAAGACCAUACUUCAGAAGAAGAGAAUCCUCUUCUGCAACAGUACACCAAAGUAGAGGUCUGCACUACUCAACCAGGCACUCCAUUAACAUCAAAGAUGGCUUUGAUGGAAGAUGACAUUUCACAAGCAAUGUGUCCAUUAACACCACAGAUUGCUAUGAUGGAGAGCUACAAUUUGCAAGAAGUAGCUCCUAUACCACCACAGUAUGCAAUGGUUGAAGUCAACACUACUCAAACAGUGACUUCAUCAACACCACGGAUUGCUAUGAUGGAAGACUGGUCUUUACAAGAAGUGACUCCUCUACCACCACACCACACCAAGGUGGAAGUCAGCACUACUCAAGCAGUGACUCUUACUCCACAGAUUACUGUGAUGGAAGAGUACAAUUCACAAAUAGUAACUCCUUUACCACAACAAUUUCCAAUGGUUGAAGUCAGCACUACUAAAGCAUACUCUCCUCUAACACCACAGAUUGCUAUGAUGGAAGAACACACACCACAAGAAGUAACUCCUCUAACAUUACAAGAUACCAUGGUUAAAGUCAGGACUUCCCAAGCAGAAACUCUAUUAAUGCCACAGAUUGCUAUUAUGGAAGACCAUUCUUCAGCAGAAAUGUCUCUUCUACCACCACAAUGCACCUUGAUGGAAGUUGGCGCUACUCGACCAGUGACUCCUCUAACACCACAGAUCAAGGAAGACCUUGCUUCACAAGAAGUGAUUACUCUAACAUCACAAGAUAUUGAGCAUAAAGUUGGCACAUCACAAAGAAUGACUGUAUUAGCACCACAGAUUACUACGAUGGAAGACUGGUCUUUACAAGAAGUGUCUCCUCAACCAUCACAGUACACCAAGGUGGAAGUCAGCACUUCCUUAACAGGGACUCCAACACAGAUUACUGUUACGGAAGAAAAGUCUUUACAAGACAUGACUCUUCCAUCAGAACAGUAUGCCAUGGUGGAAGAUAACUGCUCCCAAGUAAUAAUUCCUGUAACACCUCAAAUUACUGAAAUAGAAGACAAGAAAUUAAGAGAGUUGGCUCCCUCAACACCACAUUACUCCAUGGAGGAAGCCAACACCUCUGGGGCAGUGACACCUCUAACACAGAUUACUAAGAUUGAAAGUCUCACACCUGUGGCACUGACUUCUGUAGCACCACAGAUAUCUGUGAUGGAAGACCACACUGUACAUGAAGCGACUCCAUUAACACCACAUGUUACUCUGAUGGAAGACCACACUUUACAAGAAGUGUCUCCUUUAAUGACACAGUACAACAAGGUGGAAGUUAGCACUACUCAAGCAGAGACUCCUCUUAACCUACAGAUUACUGUGAUGGAAGAGAAUACUUCACAAGUAGUAACUCUUCUAAAACCACAAUGCACAACGGUUGAAGUUGGCACUACUCAAGCAUUGACUCCAUUAACACCACAGAUUACUAUUAUUGAAGUCUCAACUUCAGAAGAAGUGGCCCCUCUAAUAUCACAGGAUACUAUGCAUAAAGUUGGCAUAUCCCAAGCUGAGACUCCAGUAACACCACAGAUUAUUUUGUUGGAAGACCAUUCUUUACAAGAAGAAACUCCUCUACCACCACAGAUUACUCUGAUGGAAUACCACACUUCACAAGAAGAGACUUCUUUAACAACACAAGAUAUCAUAGAUAAAGAUAGCACUUCCCAAGCAGUGACUCUAUUAACACCACAGAUUACUCUGAUGGAUGACCACUCUUUACAAGAAGUGUCUCCUCUUCUACCACAGUACAAGAUGAUGAAAGUUGGCACUACUCAAGCAGAGACGAUGAUAGAAGAUGACAAUUUACAAGUAGUGACUCCUCUACCACCACAGUAUUCAAUGGUUCAAGUUAAAAGUACUCGAGCAGCGAUUCCAUCAACACCACAGGCAUCUUUGAAGGAAGACGACACUUCACUACAAGUGGCUUCUCUAACAUCACAGGAUACUAUGCACAAAGUUUUCAUAUCUGAAACAGUGAGUCCACUAGCACAACAGAUUCCUAAGAUGGAAGACCAUUCUUUACUAGAAAUAUCUGCUCUACCACCACAGUACACCAUAGUGGAAGUCGGAACUAUUCAAACUAGGACUCCCCUAACACAGGCUUCUGUACUUAAGGUUGGAAUGUCCCAAGCAGUGUCUCCAUUAUCACCACACAUUACUGUGAUGGAAGGCCAUACUACACAGGAUGUGACUGCAUUAAAAUCACAAGCUGGUGUGAUGGAAGACCACACUACACAAGAAGUGACUCCGUUAACACCACAGAUUACUAAUAUUGAAAGUAUCAAACCAGUGGCAGUUAAUCCUACCACACUACCGAACUCCACAGUGGAAAUCUGUACAUCAAAAGCAAUGACUUGUGUAACACCACAAAUUACUAUAAUGAAAGACUACAAUUCACAAGUGGUAACUCCUCUACCACAAUUUCCAAUGAUUGAAGUCAGCACUACUAAAGCAUACUCUCCUCUAACACCACAGAUUGCUAUGAUUGAAGAAAGCACACCACAAGAAGUAACUCCUCUAACAUUACAAGAUACCAUGGUUAAAGUCAGCACUUCCCAAGCAGCAACUCUAUUAAUGCCACAGAUUGCUAUUAUAGAAGACCAUUCUUCAGCAGAAAUGUGUCUUCUACCACCACAAUGCACCUUGAUGGAAGUUGGCGCUACUCGACCAGUGACUCCUCUAACACCACAGAUUACUGUCAAGGAAGACCUUGCUUCACAAGAAGUGAUUACUCUAACAUCACAGGAUAUUGAGCAUAAAGUUGGGACAUUGCAAAUGAUGACCGUAUUAGCACCACAGAUUACUAUGAUGGAAGACCAGUCUUUACAAGAAGUGUCUCCUCUACCACCACACUACACCAAGGUGGAAGUCACCACUUCGCUAACAGGAACUCCAACACAGAUUAUGGAAGAAAAGUCUUCACAAGACAUGACUCUUCCAUCAGAACAGUAUGCCAUGGUGGCAGAUAACUGCUCCCAAGUAAUAAUUCCUGUAACACCACAAAUUACUGAGAUGGAAAACAAAAAAUUAAGAGAGUUGGCUCCAUCAACACCACAUUACUCCACGGAGGAAGCCAACACCUCUGGGACAGUGACACCUCUAACACUGAUUACUAAGACUGAAAAUCUCACACCUGUGGCAGUUACUCCUACCACACUACAGAACACCAGAGUGGAAAUCUGUACAUCAAAAGCAAUGACUCCAUUAACACCACAUAUUGCUAUGGUGGAAGACUGCACUACACAACAAGUGACUCCAUUAACACCACAUGCUGCUAUGGUGGAAGACCACACUACACAAGAAGUGACUCCAUUAACACCACAGAUUACUCUGAUGGAAGACUGCACUACACACAAAGUGUCUCCUCUACUGCCGCAGUACAACAAGGUGGAAGUUAGCACUACUCAAGCAGAGACUCCUCUUACCCCACAGAUUACUGUGAUGGAAGACCACAUUCCACAAGUGACUCCAUUAACACCACAUAUUACUAUGAUGGGAGACUGCACUACACAACAAGUAACUCCAUUAACACCACACAUUGCUUUGAUGGAAGACCACACUACACAACAAGUAACUCCAUUAACACCACACAUUGCUUUGAUGGAAGACCACACUACACAACAAGUAACUCCAUUAACACCACACAUUGCUUUGAUGGAAGACCACACUACACAACAAGUAACUCCAUUAACACCACACAUUGCUAUGACAGAAGACCACACUACACAACAAGAAACUCCAUUAACACCACAUAUUGCUUUGAUGGAAGACCACACUACACAACAAGUAACUCCAUUAACACCACAUAUUACUAUGAUGGGAGACUGCACUACACAAAAUGUAACUCCAUUAACACCACACAUUGCUAUGACAGAAGACCACACUACACAAGAAGUAACUCCAUUAACACCACAUAUUGCUAUGGUGGAAGACCACACUACACAAGAAGUAACUCCAUUAACACCACAUAUUGCUAUGAUGGAAGACUGCACUACACAAGAAGUAACUCCAUUAACACCACAUAUUGCUAUGGUGGAAGACCACACUACACAAGAAGUGACUCCAUUAACACCACAUAUUGCUAUCAUGGAAGACCACACUACACAAGAAGUAACUCCAUUAACACCACAUAUUGCUAUGAUGGGAGACUGCAUUACACAAGAAGUAACUCCAUUAACACCACAUAUUGCUAUGAUGGGAGACUGCAUUACACAAGAAGUAACUCCAUUAACACCACAUAUUGCUAUGGUGGAAGACCACACUACACAAGAAGUGACUCCAUUAACACCACAUAUUGCUAUCAUGGAAGACCACACUACACAAGAAGUAACUCCAUUAACACCACAUAUUGCUAUGAUGGGAGACUGCAUUACACAAGAAGUAACUCCAUUAACACCACAUAUUGCUAUGGUGGAAGACCACACUACACAAGAAGUAACUCCAUUAACACCACAUAUUGCUAUGAUGGGAGACUGCAUUACACAAGAAGUAACUCCAUUAACACCACAUAUUGCUAUGAUGGGAGACUGCAUUACACAAGAAGUAACUCCAUUAACACCACAUAUUGCUAUGAUGGGAGACUGCAUUACACAAGAAGUAACUCCAUUAACACCACAUAUUGCUAUGAUGGGAGACUGCAUUACACAAGAAGUAACUCCAUUAACACCACAUAUUGCUAUGAUGGGAGACUGCAUUACACAAGAAGUAACUCCAUUAACACCACAUAUUGCUAUGAUGGGAGACUGCAUUACACAAGAAGUAACUCCAUUAACACCACAUAUUGCUAUGAUGGGAGACUGCAUUACACAAGAAGUAACUCCAUUAACACCACAUAUUGCUAUGAUGGGAGACUGCAUUACACAAGAAGUAACUCCAUUAACACCACAUAUUGCUAUGAUGGGAGACUGCACUACACAAGAAGUAAAUCCUCUAGCAUCAAAGGAUAUUGUGGUUAAUGAGACCACUUCCCAAGCAGUGACUCAAUUAGCACCACAUAUUACUCUGAUGGAAGACCACAUUUUACAAGAAGUGUCUCCUCUACUGCCACAGUACAAAAAUGGGGAAGUCAGCACUACUCAAGCAGAAACUCAAUUAACACCCCAGGUCACUGCUAUAGAAGUCCCUACUUCAGAAGAAGUGACCCCACUAAUAUCACAGGAUACUAUGCAUAAAGUUGGCACACCCCAAACAGCGACUCCAAUAACACCACAGAUUAUUCUAUUAGAAGACUGUUCUCUACAAGAAGAAAGUAUUCUACCACCACAGUACACCUCAGACAAAGUCAGCACUAGCCAAGCAGUCACUCCAUUAACAGCACAGAUUUCUCUCAUGGAAGACCACACUUCACAAGAAGAAACUACUUUAACAUCAGAAAAUACUAUAGAUAAAGAUAGCACAUCCCAAGCAGUCACUCCAUUAACACCACAGAUUACUCUGAUGGACGACCACUCUUUACAAGAAGUGUCUCCUCUACCACCACACUACACCAAGGUGAAAGUCAGCACUACUCGAGCAGUGACUCCAUUAACAACACAGAUUACUAAUAUUGAAAGUAUCACACCUGUGGCAGUUACUCCUACCACACUACAGAACACCAUAGUGGAAAUCUGUACAUCAAGAGCAAUGACUUCUGUAACACCACAAAUUACUGUGAUGGAAGAUGACAAUAGACAAGAAGGGACUCCUUUAACACCACAUAUUGCUAUGAUGGAAGACCACACUUUACAAGAAAUGUCUCCUUUACUGCUACAGUAUAACAAGAUGGAAGUUAACACUACUCAAGCAGAGACUCCUCUUACCCCACAGAUUACUAUGAUGGAAGACUACAAUUCACAAGUAGUAACUCUUUUACCACCACAAUGCACAUCAGUUGAAGUUGGCUCUACUCAAGCAGUGACUCCAUUAACACCGCAGAUUACUUUGAUGGAAGACCACACUAUACAAGAUGUGUGUCCUCUUCUGCCACGGUACAAGAUGAUGAAAGUCGGCACUACUCAAGUAGAGACGACAAUGGAAGAGGACAAUUUACAAGUAGUGACUCCUCUACCAUCACAGUAUUCAAUGGUUCAAGUCAAAAGUACUCAAGCCAUAAUUCCAUUAACACUACAGGAAACUGUGAAGGAAGACCACACGUCACUAGAAGUGGCUUCUUUAACAUCACUGGAUAUUAUGCAUAAAGUUGGCAUAUCUGAAACAGAAAGUCAAUUUGCAUCACAAAUUACUAAGAUGGAAGACCAUUCUUUACAAGAAAUGUCUGCUCUACCACCACAGUACACCGUAGUGGAAGUCGGAACUAUUCAAACUAAGACUCCUCUAACGACGCAGGCUCCUGUGCUUAAGGUUGAAACAUCCCAAGCAGUGUCUCCAUUAUCACCACAUAUUACUGUGAUGGAAGGCCAUAGUACACAGGAUGUGACUGCAUUAACAUCACAGGCUGGUGUGAUGGAAGACCACACUACACAAGACGUGACUCCAUUUACACCACAGAUUACUCUGAUGGAAGACCACACUUUACAAGAAAUGUCUCCUCUACUGCCACAGUACAACAAGGUGGAAGUCAGCAAUAUUCAAGCAGAAACAAUGAUGGAAGAGUACAAUUCACAAGUAGUAACUCUACCACCACAAUGUACCACUGUUGAAGUUGGUACUAUUCAAGCAGUGACUCUUUUAACACCACAGAUUACUACUAUAGAAGUCCCCAUUUCAGAAGAAGUGAUUCCUCUAUCAUCACAGGAUACUCUGCAUAAAGUUGGCACAUUCCAAGCUGCGACUCCAAUAACACCACACAUUAUUCUAUUGGAAGACUGUUCUUUACAAGAAGAAACUCCUCUACCACCACAAUACACCUCAGACAAAGUCAGCACUAGCCAAGCAGUGACUUCAUUAACACAACAGAUUCCUCUGAUGGACGACCACUCUUUACAGGACGUGUCUCCUCUAUCACCGGAGUACACAUCAGAGAAAGUCAGCACUAGCCAAGCAGUCACUCCAUUUACACCACAGAUUACUCUGAUGGACGACCAUACUUCACAAGAAGAAACUCCGCUAACAUUACAGGAUACCAUGGUUAAAGAUAACACUUCCCAAGCAGUGACUCCAUUAACACAGAUUACUUUGAUGGAAGACCACUCUUUACAAGAAAUGUCUCCUCGGCUGCCUCAGUACACCGUAGUGGAAGUCGGAACUACUCAAACUAAGGCUCCUCUAACAACACAGGCUUCUAUGCUUAAGGUUGAAACAUCCCAAGCAGUGUCUCCAUUAUCACCACAUAUUACUAUGAUGGAAGGCUACAAUUUGCAAGUCGUAGUUCCUAUACCACCACAGUGCGCAAUGGCUGAAGUCGGCACUACUCAAACAGUGAUACCAUUAACUCCACAGAUUGCUAUAAUGGAAGACAACACAUUACAAGAAGUGUCUCUUCUACCACCACAAUACACCAAGGUGAAAGUCAGCACUACUCGAGCAGUGACUCCAUUAACAACACAGAUUACUAAUAUUGAAAAUCUCACAUCUGUGGCAGUUACUCCUGCCACACUACAGAACACCACAAUGGAAAUCUGUACAUCAAAAGCAAUGACUUGUGUAACACCACAAAUUACUAUAAUGAAAGAAUACAAUUCACAAGUGGUAACUCCUCUGCCACAACAAUUUCCAAUGGUUGAAGUCAGCACUACUAAAGCAUACUCUCCUCUAACACCACAGAUUGCUAUGAUGGAAGAACACGCGCCACAAGAAGUAACUCCUCUAACAUCACAAGAUACCGUGGGUAGAGUCAGCACUUCCCAAGCAGCAACUCUAUUAAUGCCACAGAUUGCUAUUAUGGAAGACCAUUCUUCAGCAGAAAUGUGUCUUCUACCACCACAAUGCACCUUGAUGGAAGUUGGCGCUACUCGACCAGUGACUCCUCUUGAACCACAGAUUAUUAUCAAGGAAGACCUUGCUUCACAAGAAGUGAUUACUCUAACAUCACAGGAUAUUGAGCAUGAAGUUGGCACAUCACAAAUUAUAACUGUAUUAGCACCACAUAAUACUAUGAUGGAAGACCAGUCUUUACAAGAAGUGUCUCCUCUACCACCACACUACACCAAGGUGGAAGUCACCACUUCCCUAGCAGGGACUCCAACACAGAUUACUUUUAAGGAAGAAAAGUCUUUACAAGACCUGACUCUUCCAUCAGAACAGUAUACCAUGGUGGAGGAUAACUGCUCCCAAGUAAUAAUUCCUGUAACACAACAAAUUACUGAGAUGAAAGACAAAAAAUUCAAAGAGUUGACUCCAUUAACACCACAUAUUGCUCUGAUGGAAGAUCUCACUACACAAGGAGUGACUCCAUUUACACCACAUAUUUCUAUGAAGGAACACUGCACUAUGCAAGUAGUGACCCCAUUAACACCACAUAUUUCUAUGAUGGAAGACCACACUACACAAGAAGUGACUCCAUUUACACCACAUAUUGCAACUAUGGAAGACCGCACUACACGGGUGACUCCAUUAACACCACAUGUUGCUAUGGUGGAACACCACGCUACACAAGAAAUGACUCCAUUAACACCACAUAUUUCUAUGAUGGAAGACCACACUACACAAGAAGUGAAUCCAUUACCAUCACAUAUUGCUACAAUGAACGACCGCACUACACAAGUGACUCCAUUAACAACACACGUUGCUAUGAUGGAAAACCUCACCUCGCAAGAAGUGUCUCCUUUAUUACCACAGUACAACAGGGUGGAAGUUAGCACUACUCAAGCAGAGACUCAUCUUAAUCCACAGAUUACUGUGAUGGAAGAGUACAAUUCACAAGUAGUAACUCUUCUACCACCACAAUACACAACUGUUGAAGUUGGCACUACUCAAGCAGAAAUGAUGAUGGAAGAUGACAAUUUACAAGUAGUGACUCCUCUACCACCACAGUAUUCAAUGGUUCAAGUCAAAAGUACUCUAGCAGUGACUCCAUUAACACCACAGACUGCUGUAUUGGAAGACCACACUUCACUAGAAGUGGCUUCUCUAACAUCACAGGAUACUAUGCAUAAAGUUGGCAUAUCUGAAACAGCGAGUCAAUUUGCACCACAGAUUACUAAGAUGGAAGACCAUUCUUUACAAGAAAUGUCUGCUCUACCACCACAGUACACCGUAGUGGAAGUCGGAACAAUUCAAACUAAGACUCCUCUAACAACGCAGGCUCCUGUGCUUAAGUCUGAAACAUCCCAAGCAGUGUCUCCAUUAUCACCACAUAUUACUAUGAUGGAAGGCCAUAGUACACAGGAUUUGACUGCAUUAACAUCACAGGCUGGUGUGAUGGAAGACCACACUACACAAGAAGUAAUUCUUCUAACAUCAAAGGAUAUCAUUGUUAAAGAUGCCACAUCCCAAGCAGUGACUCUAUUAACACCACAUAUUACUCUGAUGGAAGACUACACUUUACAAGAAGUGUCUCCUCUACUGCCACAGUACAACAAGGUGGAAGUCAGCACUACUCAAGCAGAGACUCCAUUAACACCACAGAUCACUACUAUAGAAGCCCCUAAUUCAGAAGAAGUAACCCCUCUAAUAUCACAAGAUACUAUGCAUAAAGUUGGCAUAUCCCAAGCUGUGACUCCAUUAACACCACAGAUUAGAAGUGUGGAAGACGACACUUCACAAGAAGAAACUCCUCUAACAUCACAGGAUACAAUUGUUAAAGAUAGCACUUCUCGAGCGGUGACUCCAUUAACACAGAUUACUUCGAUGGAAGACCAUUCUUUACGCGAAAUGUCUGCUCUACCGCCACAGUACACCUUAGUGGAAGUCGGAACUAUUCAAACUACGGCUCCUCUAACAACACAGGCUUCUGUGCUUAAGGUUGAAACCUCCCAAGCAGUGUCUCCAUUAUCACCACAUUUUACUAUGAUGGAAGGCUACAAUUUGCAAGUAGUAGCUCCUAUACCACCACAGUGUGCAAUGGCUGAAGUCGGCACUACUCAAACAGUGACUCCAUUAACACCACAGAUUACUAUGAUGGAAGAGUACAAUUCACAAAUAGUAACUCCUCUGCCACAACAAUUUCCAAUGGUUGAAGUCAGCACUACUAAAGCAUACUCUCCUCUAACACCACAGAUUGCUAUAAUGGAAGAACACACACCACAAGAAGUAUCUUCUCUAACAUUACAAGAUACCGUGGUUAAAGUCAGCACUUCCCAAGCAGCAACUCUAUUAAUGCCACAGAUUGCUAUUAUGGAAGACCAUUCUUCAGCAGAAAUGUCUCUACCACCACCACAAUGCAAGUUGGUGGAAGUUGGUGCUACUCGACCAGUGACUCCUCUAACACCACAUAUUACUAUCAAGGAAGACCUUGCUUCACAAGAAGUGAUUACUCUAACAUCACAGGAUAUUGAGCAUAAAGUGAGCACAUCGCAAAUGAUAACUGUAUUAGCACCACAUAUUACUAUGAUGGAAGACCAGUCUUUACAAGAAGUGUCUCCUCUACCACCACACUACACCAAGGUGGAAGUCACCACUUCCCUAGCAGGGACUCCAACACAGAUUACUCUUAAGGAAGAAAAGUCUUUACAAGACACGACUCUUCCAUCAGAACAGUAUACCAUGUUGGAAGAUAACUGCUCCCAAGUAAUAAUUCCUGUAACACGACAAAUUACUAAAAUGGAAGACAAAAAAUUCAAAGAGUUGGCUCCCUCAUCACCACAUUACUCCAUGGAUGAAGCCAACACCUCUGGGGCAAUGAUACCUCUAACACAGAUUACUAAGAUUGAAAGUCUCACACCUGUGGCAGUUACUCCUACCACACUACAAAAAACUAUAGGGGAACUCUGUACAUCAAAAGCAAUGACUUCUGUAACACCGAAGAUGUCUGUGUUGGAAGACUAUAGUUUGCAACACAUUUCUCCUCUACCACCACAAUACACUAUGGUGGAAGUCAACACAAAAAUGGCAGUGGCUCCAAUGCCAGAAGUUACUAUAAUUGAGGAUUACACUUCGUCAAAUGUCACUCAUCUUGAACCACAGAAUCUCACGACAGAUAUUGUUAGUUCUCAAGCACUUACUCCUCUAACACCACAGAUUACUAUGAUUGAAGACUACAACUUGCAAGUAGUAACGCCUCUACCACCACAGUGCACCAAGGUGGAAAUCAGCGCUCCUCGACCAUCGACUCCUUUAACACCUCAGAUUGCUAUGCUGGAAGACCAUACUUCACAAAAAGUGACUCCUCAAACAUCGCAGAUAACUAUUAUGGAAGACAAUAUUCCUAAAGUAGUGCUGCCUGCAACUUCACAGUACACAGCACUGGAAAUUAACACUUCCCAAGUGGGGGUUGAUCUAAGACAGUGUAUCACUGAGAUGAAAAUUCACACUGUACAAGAAGUGGCUCCUCUAAUACCACAGGACAAUGUGGUUAAAGUAAAUGUUUCUCAGGCAGGAUUUCCUCUAGUACCAGAUAUUAAGAAUGAAGAGCAUAGAUCCCAAGUAGUGACUCCUUUAACACUGCUUACUGGGGUGGAAGGCGACACUUUUCCGGCAGUGACCCCUUUACCACUAAAUACUUCUGUUAUAGAAGAUGGCAUUUCCCAAACACUAACUCAUCAGACACCACGGAACUCGUUGCCAAAUAUCAGCUCAUUUCAAGGAGUAACACCUUCACAUCAGAUUCCUGUUGCAGAUCUCGGCACUUACCCAUCAGGAAUGUCUCUAACACCACAGUACCCAAUUGUUAAUGUUAUUGAUUAUCAAACUGUGGCUCCUCAAAUGGUAAAUCCUCAAAUGCCACAAAAUUCUGUGAUAGAUGUUAGCACUCGUGAUGAUAUCAGUGAAUUGCAAGUAGACACACGUUCAUCGCUAGUAAAUCUCCAGAUGAAUGUCGAUAAAUUCCAAGCAAUGACUACCACCACUUUGGUAGAUCCUGCAACCAUGCCAAUAACGUCACCGUCACAGACGUGUACUAAAUAUGCACAUGGUUCCCAGGUUGCUUCUAGUGUACUAACACAUGAUUCGAUAGUGGAAGUCAUCAACUCUGAUGUGCCUCGUGUAACACAGUCAUUAAUAGUUCCCAAACAUGCAUCUUGUUCAUUUGUCUUGCCUAAUCAUCUAAAUUCUAAGAUUGGAUUGGAAACUGUCUCUGGUUCAACAGCUGGCCAGCUCUUCAAAAAGGAAAUGGAACCACUAGAAUUGAACUAUAGCCUAGAAAUUAGCCCUCUAGCAACAUCUACACCAACUGAAACACACAACUACCAAAUUUAUGACAGCCAGAGUGUUGCAGCACCUUCAUUCAUGUUCCCCAUUGACUUUACAGCAAGCAGUCCAUGCACAGUCAAGUCCAUCAUUACAGACAGAUCAUUUGCUACUACUUGUAACACAGAAGACAGCGCUUACCUUGAUGCUAACUUUUCAGAACAUUUUAAGAGGGCUGAUGAACAUAUCAAUAUUGUUAAUGUAUAUACUGAGACUGCCACAGAAGAAAAGGUUUGUAGUGUUACUGUGCCUACAACAAGCCAAGUACUGAAAAGAGCCUUGCCUACAAAUCCAACAAAUGGGAUGCCAGUUCACUCUUCCAUCUUACCAGAUAGUUUAAACACAUCUGUAGCAAACAUUUAUACCCCAACUUCUCAUUCAGUUUUCCAUGAAACAUUUAAGAAAGAGGCAAGAGUAACUGUGGGGCCUGAACUGCCGAAUAAUAAUAAAGAUAUAAAUGAAUUUCCAGAUCCUGAUAACUUGGAAAAGAGUGAAGCAUCACCACGUCUACAACUUGAAAUGAAUAGUCAGAAUGUAGAUAUUCAAGGUUUAGACAAAAUAAAAGGAGCAAAUCAAGUUACUGUAAAGAGAUGCAAGUCAGAAAUAUUGACAAAUAAACAUGUACCAUUAGCACUUGCCGAAACCUCGGUAAGUGAUGAAGAAUCACACAAAGCACAAAUUCAAAAAGAAAAUAUUCAUAUAAAGGAAUGUAAAGACAAUAUACUUACAGUGAAUCAAAUGUCUGGCAACAGAUUUGAAUUAGUUAGUGAGAACAUAUCUAUAAGUAAGGGCAAAAGUGAAGCCAUCAGUGAUGAUGGCUUAUCAGUUUUGACUCGGAAGUCAGCCAAAACCUCUGUGCCCACUUCCAAAAUUAAUGUGGUUGCCGACACUAACAGUACAAAACUUGUUGAAGAACAGAAAAUGACACCGUCAUCUUGCGAUGUUCCUCGUGCAACAUUGAACCAAGAAGACUCGGUAACUAGUGAAUUUGAUAAACUAAAUUCUAACAUACAGCCAGAAGGUAAGAGAAAAGAUGCUGGAUAUCAAGGAGUAAAUAUUGGUCUCACAAGCGCUCAGCCAGGUAAGGACACCUUACCAUAUGGUACCGAGGGCCAGUCCGUUGUCGGCAACAUUACUGGCCAGGGCGCUUUGGCAGGCUUAGAUAUGCUCUCUAGGCAAAACUUUGCAAGACAUUUUGCUGAAGACAACAGAAUAUGUGAUAAAACAGGGUCAGAAACAUCUAAUAUACAGUUACCAGUAAAACCCCUUACAACAUUCUUAGCUCCUGAUACAAAGGAGAAACCUGAUGAUUUAGUAGCAUCUUGUACUUCCAGCACCCCUGGCUCAAGUGAAAGGGUAAUUAGUGAGAACAAAAACACACAUUUUGCAAUAGAUACAAAUGAUUACCAAACUCAGAAAAUUUAUCUUCUAAACCAAUGCAAUGUAAGUGGAAAUGAAGUCGGUACAUUUUCAGAAAGUAGUGAGCAGUCGGUUACCUCCUACAGUACCUCUGUGAAGGAUACAGUUGGAAAAAUAGAAAACAAAAGGGAGAGUCCAUUAAAAUUUCCAUUGUUAAAUGAAUCUACUGUCAGUUGGUCAAAUGUUCCUGGAAAUACAUUGCUUGAAGCCAAAGAUCAGUCAAUAGUUCAUGGAGAUUCUUGCCAUGUUAUAUCAGGUGGCCAGGAUAUAAAGACUAAAGUUUUAGAAAGCAAAAACCAACAGUGUUUGCCUCAACCUAGUGUCAGUGACUACGAUCACAGUGCCAGUGAAAUUCAGAGAGAGGCGAGUACAUUAGGCAAAGACAUUAGCCAUCUCCAAGAACCAUCUUCUUCUGAUCAACUUUUAGCAAGUAUAAAAAGGCAGAUCUACUCACGAAAGUUUGCAGGUGACAUAAAGCACUCUGAUUUGAGUGAAGCUGAUGUCUCGAUACAGCCCCUUCUUAUGAAGGAUUCCAAUGUGACCGAGAGUAAACAAAAGAACUUAUUGCGUGCAAGCAAAAUAUGGAAUGAAAUAACUACGGACAUAAAUAAUGAAACACGAGAGAAAAGAGUUGCCUCUGAGUCGGCUCUCCCAAACCAAUAUAGUGUCUGUAUUGCAACACAAAAUUAUAUAAGUGAUAGUGAAUUACCCUUUCAACAAGAAUGUCAUAAUGAUAACUUAACAAAUAUUAGCAUGAAAAGUGUCAGCUCUUUGCCACCUGCAAAUAAAUCAAAUGACACUGCAAAUAAAACACAAAUGUUGUUGAAUACAAAUAUUGUCAUAAAUUCCGAUAAACUGAAUCCCUUAGUCAAGGAAAAAGUGCCAGUAAAAUGCAAAAUAAGUGGUAGGGCUGUGAUGACUUACCCAGAUGUGUCAGCUGAUUGGUUAUGUGACAAGUCCCGGAAGACCAGUGCAGAACAUUACAGUAGUGAAUUGCAUGUACAUAGUGGCAGUUCUUCAGCUGGAAAUAUAGAUGGUAAAGGUGCUGCAAUAGAAUCUGAUGUUUGUGUCCAACCUUUACGAAUGGAAGCAAAUAUUAGAUAUAAUUCAAGCAGUGAACUUGCCCAUAUUGGAGAUAGGGGCAUUGAUAGCAUUUCAGAUACAAACUUGAGAUUUGAUUGUAAAAAGAAACAGUUACCAGCUCAAGAUACACCAGCAAAUUUAGAAAAGGAUGGAUUUAGUAUAUCUAGCCAGAAUAAAAAUAAAAAAGAAAACAUUGAAAGCAAAAUGUAUUACAGUUCCUUGGGAGUUACAAAAGUUAACGAUGAAUAUGUAAAUCCAGAUAGCGACACAAGUUUUCUUUUGAAUCGAUCAUUACCUGCCAAGGUUGAAGUGCAUAACCAAAUGCAAAGUCUUUCUAUUAAGGAAAAAAGGGAACCAAAACAGAUAGAAAAACUGACUUCACCUUCCUGGCAAGGCAGGUUUUUGAUGGCACGAGAUUGUACAAGUGAUGAUUGGGGUGCAUCUGAUGAAAGCAUCACAUUUGUAUUCAUGAAUCCUGGGGAAGGCGAAUCUGCAGGGAAUGAACUCAAGACUACCAUAGGCAAGUCAUCAAGCCCCAAUUUCCAGAGUUCUUCCGAUUUGUCACAAGUCGGUUUAAGCAUUGCCAUUCCUAAUGAAACAAAACGUACACAUUCUUAUGACCUUUACAAAACUAAUUGUGCACGACUAGUACGUACCACCUCUCUUGACUCCAUUUGUUGUGCACUCCAUAAGUUCAGGGUCUCAAAGCUGAAGACUAUGCUUCAACGUACUUGUAGCUUGGAAGAUGAUGUAAAUCAAGAACUGGAGGAUAUAUUAGAAAGGGGCAGAUUGUUUUCAUCAAAUGAUUCACUAGCAGAUGUAGAAAAGUGUGAUUUCAAAAUAACUAAAAUACAAACCUCGGCUAAGGAAGUUAAGGAAGAACGUUUUAUUCAUGAACAUGCAAGCGAAAUUGCUCAUAAAGAAUCUAAUAUUGAUAGUCAGGUUAUUGUGAGUGAUGUUACUGGGGAUGAAGUGUUUGCCAAGUCACCCUCCCCUGUUCCUACAUUUGGUCAAACUAAUUGGCUUGAGUUCAAGAGCCUCAUACUUGGACGCCCUCUCCCACCGUCUUCAGUGCGAAGCAUUGCUGGAGAAUCGAGCAAAUCAUCUCCACAGUUGCACCCAAAGCAAAAAAUUGAAAAUUUAAGUAAAAAAGCAGUGUCAUGGACAGAUUUGAAGGGCUGUGGAGAAUUAGAGAUGGAAGUACCUGAGGUUUUUGGAGUUCAAGAGCCUCUCAAGCCUAUUCUGCAUCUUAGGUCAAUUAUGAAAAAACCAUCUUUGUCACCAAUUGCUCCAACUCCUCCACCUCCCACACCACCACCAUGCUCCUCUCCUCGGCUCCCAGCUGUUACACCCAACACGCUCCAACUCACUUUAUCUCCUUCACAUCCCAAGCAUUUUGUUGCAGCUGAUAGUUCUCCUUUAGAAGAGUUCAGUGAUGGAGAUGAGAUUCCUCUAUCUAGUUCAAAUUCAAUGGAAAUAUUUUCUCUACGGUUACCUCAACACAUACGAGAGCGUGUUUAUAGAGAUUCCUGUCUAUCAAAUGAGGAAUUGCAAGACUUUAGUGGUAAUAAUCCUUCUAGUGCUAAGUUGCAUGCAAAAGACAUGUCCAAUUCAGAAGUUCAGAGUAUCUCUGAGUCUUUCACCACUUCCAAAACAUCCAGUUGCUCUCCGGUUAUAAAUAACUCUAAAACUUCUGCUUUUGCUUCAGCUUUAAGUGAAAUUAAAACUUCUAAAGCUUCUCCAUCUUUAAGCAUUGUUAAACCUUAUCGAGUUUCUCGAUCUCUUGGUAAUUCUUUGUCUAUGGAUGAUAGUGCAUCUUUAGGAUUUUCACAGUAUUCUGGUGUAUCAACAUCUUCAAAUAUUUCCUUGUAUUCAGGAGUUUCACCAACCUCAAGAGCCACUUCUUCCUCUGGUGUGUCAUGCUCUGGAUUCUCAUCAUCAGGUGUUGUGUCAUCUCCUGGAGGUGCCUCUCCAAUGCAUGAUGCUACUUCAUCUGAAAUUCUUCAAUCAAACAAUUCUGUUAUGUUAAGUCAUACAACAAUGAGUCCUGUAUCCAGCUUAACCAUUUCUAGAAGAUAUUUAAGAGGUAAACAUUUUCAAACAUCAUCUGUUCCAUCCACAACAUCAGAAACAUUACAUACUGGUUUGUCAUCACCCACUAGUGCACACACUGCUCCAACAACACCCUCUGGAGAAGCUGCACCAUCUAAUCCUGAAAAUUUGGGGAACCAAAACAUAUCCCGGUGCAGAAGUGAAGGAGAUAUGCUGCCAGCUGUUGAGGGAUUUUCAAAUACGUGGACUGCUUUGUCUACUGUUAUGCAGGAAGCUGGCACUAUACUGAAGACACUCUCAGAAACAUCUUUAGUAUUACACCAACAGAUUGUCAGUCCUAGCCAUAAAGCACCUCUGCCUCCAGUAAUUGAAGAAAGUAGUGGAGGAAGUAGCUUGUUAAGCACUUCAAGUAGAAAAGAAGUUAUGUCGGUUGCUGUACAAACUGAUUACCAUCAUCUAAGCAGCAUUAAAACAAAAUCAGUGGAUGCCCAGACCAGCUUUGAAUCAGUGUUUGACAGUGAAAGUACAGAUAAUGGAUCAAAAUUAUCCCAAACACAUCAUUUUCCUUCCACUAGAAAUACUUUGAAGCCAAAUUUAUCAGAUGCUUCGAGCUCAACAACUGCAGUCAGCCCAGGUUCCAAAGGAGUGUCAUUUUUACAAGAGAUUGAUAGUCUGCAAAAAGAGCGGGAACGUAUAAAUCGUGUACUUGGUAAAUAUGAGAAAUCGCUCCAUACUCCUCAAAUUAGAAGUAGAGUAAGUCACAGAAGUUCAUCAACAGACUUAGAUUCUCCAAUAUCCAGCAUUAUGGCAAGCCUUCAGAACUUAACACAGACACAAUAUGACAGAGAAAUUGAUAAUGAACCAGGAAGUCAGUGGCAAAGCCUAAGUGCAACCAGUAAGCGAUAUUUAGCUAUGUAUAAGCAACGGUUGGAAGAUUCAUGUUAUCAUCUAGAGGAAAGACUGAAGCUUAACGCACGGAAGCGGCAGUUACGCAAACAGAUUCUCUCCAAUAAUCACAAUCAUUAUUCUCAUGUUCGAGAUAAAUUGGCUCUGCAUGCAUCUUUAGAUUUUGCCAAAAAGCCUUUCUGUGGGCAAGUACAAAACUCCUCUCCUGCUUCGUACAUGUCAACAGGGUCAUUGCCUACUGUAAGACCACAAAGUCCUUGCCAUAGUAAGGAAGGUUCUCCUUGCUGUUGUAUAUCACCUACACAUCGACCUUAUCAUAAUCAGUGCAGAUCUCCUGCUAGUUCUUGCUCUGCACACACCCACUGGGCUUCCUGUCAUGCUACUCCAUCUCAAAACUUUUCAUAUACUCCUCAUUGUAUGAGUUCAAGGGUUCGCACAUCUACACAACAAUGUAGAGAGCACCUACUAAAUCUCCGGCAUCAUUUAGGGAGUACAUCAGGACUAGCAAGUUCUUCCAGCUCCUUAGGAGAAAGUCCUUCAGUAAGAUAUCGCCAUCACCUUAAGGAUAUAGGAAACAGUUUUGAUACUCCCUAUCAAAGAGGGCAUGCUGCAUCGCUUUCUUCCCUACCCAGGGCAAGCAGCAUGCCUAGAUCUUGGAGACGGGCUGCAAGUGGAUCUUCAGCCUCUGUUGCUAGUGAAAAUGAAACGGAUAGGAAACAAACGUGCCGGCGCGUUGAUUCUGAUUCUGAUUCUGGUGCUGGAUGGUCAUCCAGUGGUACUAGUCUCCGCUAUUCUUACCAUUGAGUGAAUCAUUCAUGUGCUACUUUGUGUUGCAUAAUAUAACACCUGUCAUUAAAAUCCUUGAUGUAUUGAGUUAUUUGACUUUUUGCCAUUGAAAUUUGGCUUUCUCUCAUGCCCAGGAACAUGGUGUUUCCUAUAAAUGUACAUUGAUAGAAAAGCCAAAAUACCCAUAUUGUGCCAUAUGAUGUAUCUAGUCUUGGAGAUUUUAAUUGUAAGUUAUAAUAGGACUUUUAUAGAGAUGUAAAUGGUUGAAAAGUUAAAAAGUUUUGGUCAUAAAGAACCAAGCUACAAAUCAGAAGUAUUUUAAGUACUGUUUGUACUGCUUUCUUUUUGUAUAGGAUUGUAGCACUAAUUAUGUGCCAGGUAUUAUCAAGUCUUCCAUUUGGAACUUUGAAGAUUAUAUAUGAAACCUGUUUAAAUUAUAAUGUGAGGGCUAUAAUGUGUGCCUACAAUAAAUUACACACUUA